AUUUGAUUUCUCUCACAAGCAUUAAACUUACAGCCCAUGUGCUGCGAUAUUACCUUUGUAGAUUAUUUAUUUCCAAAAAAAUAAGCAUGGUCAAAACUCGUUCUGGAGGAGUCGCCAGCGACUCUAAAUCAGCUUACAGACCUACGACAGAAAAUUCUCCAUCUCUCGGCAAGUCAUCCGCAGCAAAGACGGAUACAACGCUUGCACAUAAGAUUCGAAAAACCAUUGACGAAUAUGGAAGCCUACCCUUAGAUGGAAUUCCAGUGAAACACCCUCUGGAGCCCAAGCCAGAGACUUUACUGGCUAUAGUCAUCCAUUCAAUGCUGCGAUCUACACGCAUCUCGCAUGAACUAGCACAAAAAGCUUCUGCUAGAGUUAUGGAAGCAGGUUAUCAUGACAUUGAAACUCUGACCAACACUUCCUGGGACGAGAAAGUCCAGGUGCUGUCUGAGGGUGGCUAUAACCGGUAUCGUGAGAGCGCUGCAACGAAGCUAGGUGAUUUGGCCAAUUUGGUGAAUGAUAAAUACGAUGGCGAUCUGAAUAAUUUGCUCAAAAAGGCAGGGAAUAACCCAGAGCGUGUGCGUCAGCUCGUCCGAGAAAUUAAGGGAUUUGGCGAUGUGGCUACCGACCUCUUCUGCGACGACGCACAGGCUGUCUGGCCAGCUCUGGCGCCUACUAUUGAUCAUCGAAGUCUUGACACAGCUGAGGAGGUCGGUAUCGGGAGGGAUAUCGGGGCCAUUUAUGCGUUGUUGGGCCACGAUCCAGUUGAGAUGAGCAGGUUGGCACGAGGUCUUUCGAAUGUGAGGCUAUCCAAGAGAACGGGCGAUAUCGAGCAGGAGGAAUAAACAGUGGACGUGUAUAUGUUAUUUUUACACAUAUGUAUUGGUGGGUACUAUAUGGGGUAGAUGGGGUACCGUUAUCGUUAUCAACUUCAAGGCUUCCGCGUGUCCACUAUUUAGUUGUGGCUUUCCCCAGACUCGGUCCGAGAGCGCCGAAUAUCCGAGGGUACUGCGCAAUUCAGAC